CACGGAGGCACCCCUGCCGUCACAGCCCCUGCUCCCUCUGUCCUUCCUCCCUCCGCAGGCACCAUGGCUGAUCAGCUGACCGAAGAACAGAUUGCUGAAUUCAAGGAAGCUUUCUUGCUAUUCGAUAAAGAUGGCGACUAUACCAUCACAACAAAGGACCUGAGGACUGUCAUGCGGUCACUGGGUCAGAACCCAACAGAAGCCGAGUUGCAGGACAUGAUCAAAGAGGUGGAUGCUAAUGGUAAUGGCACCACUGACUUCCCAGAAGUUUUGACUAUGAUGGCUAGAAAAAUGAAAGAUACAGACAGUGAAGAGGAAAUCCGCGAGGCAUUCCGAGUCUCUGACAAGGAUGGCAAUGGCUACAUCAGCGCAGCAGAACUCCGUCACAUCAUGACAAACUUAGGAGAAAAGCUAACAGAUGAAGAAGUAGAUGAAAUGAUCAGAGAAGCAAAUAUUGAUGGAGAUGGACAGGUCAACUAUGAAGUAUUAGUACAGAUGAUGACUGUAAAAUGAAGACCUACUUUCAAGUCCUUUUCCCCCCAGAAGAAUCAAAUUGAAUCUUUUACCUGCCUCUUGCAGUAAAAAAGAAAAAAAAAGAAAAAGUUCAUUUAUUCAUUCUGCAAAACUGAAUGUCAAAA